AGAUGUAGACGUAGUAGUAUAUAUUAUCCUCGAUCUAUCGGCUCUCAUCUCAUCUCUGCUGAGUUGAGCUAGCUAGCUUCAAUUCAAUAUAUAUAUAUAUAUAUAUAUACGUACUGUACUAUACUAGCGUGCAUGUGCGGCGUGAUAAAAGAUGUCGAGAGAGUUAGAUGAAGAUGGCAUAAUAUCAUACAGUGCUGGUAGCAGGAGGAGUUUGGCUUCCGGGAGCUGGCAAUCCGGCAGCAGGCUCCGGCAGAACGGUGGGCUCGGUCGGAGCUCGCGGCGGGAGGAGGAGGAGUACGAACUGGUGUGGGCUGCCAUUGAAAGGCUGCCCACGUUUGAAAGGAUGAGGAAAGGAAUGCUGACGAGGCAUGCGGCGGCCGUAGUAGGCGGUAGCGGUAGAGUUGUUGCGGAGGAAGUGGACGUCACCAAGCUUCGGAAGCAAGAGAGGGAAGUGCUAUUGGAGAGCAUUCUCAAUGGGGUUCAGGGAGAAGAUCAUCACGAUCUUCUUCUCAGAUUUAGGGAACGGAUUGAUCGAGUCGGGAUCGAUAUGCCGAAGAUUGAAGUACGGUUUGAGCAUUUGUCAGUUGUGGGUGAGGCUCUUGUUGGGAGUAGAGCAUUACCCACUUUAGCAAAUUACACCAUGAAUGCAAUUGAGAAUGCUUUAAGGAUGGCUUACAUUUCCCCUUCCAAAAGAAGACGCGUUCAAAUACUCAAAGAUGUGAGUGGCAUAGUAAAACCAUCAAGGAUGACAUUGCUAUUAGGCCCCCCUGGUUCAGGGAAAACUACAUUGCUUCGAGCACUUGCUGGGAUGCUUGAUGAUGAUUUCAAGAAGAGCGGGAAAGUUACAUACUGUGGACAUGAGUUUGAUGAAUUUGUGGCUCGGAAGACAUGCGCUUAUAUCAGUCAGCACGAUCUUCACCACGGAGAGAUGACAGUGAGGGAAACAUUGGAUUUCUCGGGGCGCUGUUUGGGGGUUGGAUCAAUAUAUCAGCUUCUGGCAGAAUUGUCGAGACGCGAGAGAGCAGCGGGAAUCAAACCAGAGCCUCAGCUUGAUGCGUUCUUGAAGUCCAUUUCAGUACCUGGUCAACACACCAGCUUGGCCACUGAUUACUUCAUCAAGAUUCUAGGAUUGGAAGGCUGCGCGGACAUCAUAGUUGGCGAUGACAUGAGGCGUGGUAUAUCUGGCGGACAGAAGAAACGUUUAACCACAGGAGAAAUGUUGGUUGGACCUGCAAAAGUUCUUCUGAUGGAUGAAAUAUCAACUGGAUUAGACAGUUCCACAACUUUUCAGAUCGUAAAAUACAUGAGGCAGUUGGUGCGCGUCAUGGAUGUAACGAUGAUCAUAUCCCUACUACAGCCUGCCCCCGAGACAUACAAUCUCUUUGACAACAUAAUAUUGCUCUCAGAAGGCCAGAUAGUGUAUCAAGGUCCAAAAGAAAACGUUCUUGAGUUCUUUGAGGAUAGGGGAUUCAGAUGCCCCGAACGGAAGGGAACUGCUGAUUUUCUCCAAGAAGUGACUUCCAAGAAGGAUCAAGAGCAAUAUUGGUUCAGAAAUGACCAGCCAUACAGAUAUGUAUCAGUUUCUGAAUUCGUAGAGGCUUUCAGUUCAUUCGGGGUUGGGCAAAAGCUAGGUGAUGAGCUUAGCAUUCCUUAUGAUAAGUCAAAAACCCAUCCCGCCGCAUUGGUGCAAAGGAACUACGGCAUCUCCAACCUGGAAUUACUCAAGGCGUGCUUCUCUAGGGAAUGGUUGCUAAUGAAGCGCAAUUCUUUUCUGUACAUUUUCAAAACUACUCAGAUAACGGUCAUGUCCAUAUGUGCCUUCACUGCUUUCUUGAGAGUGGAUAUGCCAUAUGGGAGAUUACAAGACGGUGGGAAGUUUUGUGGGGCUCUUUUCUUCAGUCUGAUCAACGUGAUGUUUAAUGGGAUGGCUGAGAUUGCAAUGACGGUUAUGAGGCUUCCCGUUUUCUUUAAGCAAAGGGAUCAUUUGUUCUAUCCGGCUUGGGCUUUUGUCCUACCAAUUUGGCUCUUUAGGAUACCCAUCUCAUUUAUUGAAUCGGGAAUAUGGGUUGUUCUUACAUAUUACACAAUAGGAUUUGCCCCUUCUGCCGGAAGAUUCUUUCGCCAGUUUUUGACAUUAUUUGGUACACAUCAGAUGGCACUAUCUCUAUUCCGAUUCAUUGCAGCUCUUGGGAGAACAGAUGUUGUUGCUAACACAUUUGGUACAUUUACCUUGCUAUUAGUGUUCGUGCUCGGAGGCUUCAUUGUUGCUAAGGAUGACAUUAAGCCUUGGAUGAAAUGGGGUUAUUAUGUUUCUCCUAUGACUUAUGUGCAAAAUGCAUUAGCCACAAAUGAAUUCCUUCACGAAAGAUGGGGUGCUCCAAAUACAGAUCCCAGAAUUGAUGAACCUACAAUUGGGAGAGCGAUUCUCAAGGAAAGGAAUUUCGUUACUGAUGACUACUGGUUCUGGAUUUGCAACGGAGCCCUCUGGGGAUUUUCCCUUCUCUUCAACGCUCUAUUUAUUGCAGCAUUGUCUUUCUUAAACCCUUUCAGCGAGUCAAAGGUUUCACUUUCUGAUGAAUAUGUAGAAGAUAAGGGGAAAAAGUCAUAUCAAGGUACGACUUCACAAGACAAACCCCAGGCCGUAGCGAUCCAGGCAUCUAGGAAAGGAAUGGUUCUUCCUUUUGACCAUUUGUCACUUUCCUUCAGCCACAUUAACUACUAUGUGGAUAUGCCCUCUCAAAUGAAGGGUGAAGGAAUGAAGGAGGAUCGUCUCCAGCUCCUUUGUGAUAUUAGUGGUGCUUUCAGACCUGGCGUCUUGACAGCUCUUGUAGGGGUCACUGGUGCUGGAAAGACAACCUUAAUGGAUGUCUUGGCCGGACGAAAAACCAGUGGGUACGUUGAAGGUAGCAUCAGCAUUUCUGGAUACCCGAAGAACCAAUCAACUUUUGCCCGAGUUAGUGGAUACUGUGAACAAAAUGAUAUCCACUCCCCCAAUCUGACCGUCUACGAAUCUGUCCUUUAUUCUGCUUGGUUGCGCCUUUCUGCAGAUGUACUUAAGAAUACACGAGAGAUGUUUGUAGAAGAAGUAAUGAGAUUGGUUGAGCUUAAUCCUAUAAGAAAUUCCUUAGUUGGGCUUCCUGGAGUUGAUGGGCUUUCAACUGAACAAAGAAAACGGUUGACCAUAGCUGUGGAGUUAGUUGCUAAUCCAUCCAUAAUAUUCAUGGAUGAACCAACAUCUGGUCUUGAUGCCAGAGCUGCUGCUAUUGUUAUGCGGACCAUAAGGAACACGGUUGACACCGGUAGAACAGUUGUGUGCACGAUUCACCAACCAAGCAUAGACAUCUUCGAGUCUUUUGAUGAACUAUUGUUGAUUAGGAAAGGAGGGGAGGUGAUCUAUGCAGGGCCUCUUGGCUUUAACUCUCAGAAAAUGAUUGAUUAUUUUGAGGCUGUACCAGGUGUUCCUAAGAUCAAGGAUGGAUAUAAUCCAGCUACAUGGAUGUUGGAUAUCAGCACUGAUGCUGUAGAGGCCCAACUUGGAGUUGAUUUUGCAGAUAUCUAUGCCAACUCUUCACUUUACAAGAAGAAUCAAGAACUCGUAAAAGAACUAAACACCCCACCUCCUGGUUCCAAGGACCUUCACUUCCCAACAAAGUACUCCCAAUCAUAUGGUGAACAAUGCAAAGCUUGUUUCUGGAAACAACAUUGGUCGUACUGGAGGAACCCACAGUACAACGCCAUCCGGUUAUUCAUAACAAUAUUUACUGGCAUUUUCCUUGGACUUGCCUUUUGGGAUAAAGGGAACAAAUUCCAAAAGCAACAGGAUUUGCAGAAUAUUAUGGGAGCUAUCUUUUCUGCUAUAAUUUUCAUUGGAGCUACAAACACAACGUCAGUGUUAGCCAUUGUUGGUGUGGAGAGAGCAGUUUACUAUCGGGAACGUGCAGCUGGGAUGUAUUCAGCUUUGCCCUAUGCAUUUGCUCAGGGUGGUAUAGAAGCAAUAUAUGUGGCUGUACAGACUAUUUUUUACUGUCUUCUGAUAUACCCAAUGAUUGGAUUCGAGUGGAAUGUUGGAAAGCUUCUAUGGUUCUACUAUUUUCUGUAUAUGUGUUUCUUGUACUUCACACUGUUUGGAAUGAUGCUUGUAGCAUUGACACCUGGCAUCCAGUUUGCUGCCAUUGUGAUGGCUUUCUUCCUCACUUUUUGGAACCUCUUCUCUGGCUUCCUUAUUCCCAGAACACAAAUUCCGAUAUGGUGGAGAUGGUACUAUUGGGCCUCACCAAUUUCAUGGACGUUUUACGGGAUAGCAACGUCUCAAUUAGGGGAUAAAGACGAUCUGAUUGAGAUUCCUGGAGCUACUACUGUGACUUUGAAGCAGAUUCUUAAAUUUUACUUGGGUUUUGAUUAUGAAUUCCUUCCUGUUGUUGGUCUAGCCCAUGUUGGUUGGGUUUUCCUCUUUUUCUUUGUCUUUGCAUGUGGUAUCAAGUUAUUGAACUUUCAAAGAAGAUAAUAACGUUUUCGUACAUAUAAUGCUAAUUUCUAUUCUCAA